ACCUCGAUGUCGAACAGUCGUGUGCUUCUUGGACACGAUGCCAACUCCCGGGCCUGGGAGCAUGAGUCUGGACCUCGUAUGCCGACAGUCCGCCCUACUAGUAGUAUGUACAUCCAUCAGGCUCCACGUAGCCCAGCUAAGCGAAAAAAGGGGACAGGCGCGUCGAAGCACCAAAUACGUCGACGACGAUCACGUGAGUACCGCGGUCCCAGCCCAAAGCGGUGGAACGGGGACCUUAUCGCGCGCAAGUGGCCUCCCGUCGGGCCCAUUCUCCCAUGACAAUGGCAUCAGUCCAGACUGUCGAGCGGGUUGCCCCAAGCGCGGAGCCGCCGUCCCAACUCCGUCUGACGCUAGCGCCGUUGGACGUGGGACGGGAUACAGAAAUCCAGAGUACGUGUGUCCGUAAAUGAUAGGGUUCUGGCUGCCAACCCUGGCUGACGCCUCCAGCCCAGCCCAGCUGAGCCUGGCUAUCUAUCUAUCCGACCCAACCAAGCCCCAAGCCGAGGCUUCAUCAGUGUUGGGGGUUCGAGUUUUGG